AGCGAAAACGGAAAGCAGAGAGACGUGCAUGUGGAGGAGGGGCUUUAGUAAGGAGCGGGAAAUUGCAGCGUAGUCGAAAUCCUCAUCGCCAUAGCCACACUGUUAAUCCUGGUCAUCUUCCCAUGUAUUGUUCUGAAAGAAUAGGGUUCGAGGGAGAAGCCUAAUAUUGCAUUGAACGUCGUGAAGGGUUGAGCUCGCUGAAGGGGAAGCAAUUUUUCGGGGGUCUCUAGGGUUUGCUUGUGUUGGAGCUCCCUUUCUCCAUCAAGAAAUGGCUUGGGCUUUAUACCUAUCUAUCGGAAACUUCUUCCUUCGUUGGAGUUGAGUAAUUACUUGGUUUUUGUAUUUUUUGUAUUUUGUUUUGUUAAUUCUUUUAGUUUUUUUUGAGGUAAGGAGGAUUUUAUUUGCUGCCAUGGCAUUCGAGGGCAACACUUUGGAGGAGGAUGUUGAUUAUGAGAACGAUGACAACGCCGCUGGUCGAAUCAACGUGGACGAGCUGGUGGAUGAGGAGGAAGAUUAUGAGGAGGAUCUGUAUGGCGAUGUUAAUGUUGGCGCGAGCGGGGGGCAGCCAUCUGGUAGAAAUUCGCUGCAGAAUGGAUAUGCGGAGAUGGAUUCUGGGAAUGAGGACGAGGAUGGACUAGGGGAACGGAAGGGUGAAUUAGGAGGUCAAGCGCGGGACAUGGGGUUGAUGGGCAUGAGGCCUGCUUCGGCGGUGCCGGCGCGGCCUCGAGAAGAGAGCUCCGGGUACCAACAUGAUUUUCUUCCGCAGGCGAAGGAAGAGAAUUUUUAUGGAGAUCCCGAAGUAGGUCCAUCGGGCCUGAAGCCUAAGGAUGAGUUGGACCCGGGGAUGGCGCUGGCUGUACGGCCUGCUUCUACGACGAAGGGUGGGAAGAGCACAAGGGGACUCAAUGGGAGCGGUGGUGCUGAGGGAGGCGCUGGUCGGGGUUCGCGGCCCGAGGGUUUGCAUCCGGGAGGUUGGCCAGCGGGCAGCGGUCCUGCAGGUGGACAAGCUGGAAACGCUCCCACAGUUGCGAAUAACAGCGGUACUGAUUUCUCAGCCAAGCACACUGGGCAAGGUCCUGAUAGCGGUGGGUUGAUGCUGUUCGUUGGGGAAUUGCAAUGGUGGACUACUGAUGCGGAACUAGAAGCUGCUCUUUCUGAAUAUGGUCGGAUCAAAAACCUCAAGUUCUUUGAAGAAAAAGCCAGUGGUAAAUCCAAAGGCUACUGUCAAGUGGAAUUUUUUGACUCACAAGCUGCACGCCUGUGUAAAGAGAAAAUGGACGGGCGAGUGUUCAAUGGACGAGCAUGUGUUGUGGCAUUUGCCUCCCCACAGACAAUCAAGCAGAUGGGAGCAGCUCAAGUUGGGAAAAAUCAAGCAAAUCCUCAGGGACAAAGUCAGACUGGACAGGGCAAGAAGGCAGCAGAGGGGCGUAAUGCAGGAGCUGCUGGACGAGGUGGUGAAGGACGAGGAGGAAGGGGCCAACCAGGUAUGGAACGAGGAAGAGGAAAUCAGGCACCCGGAAGAGGGCGCGGAAGAGGAAUGGCUCCGUUUGGUCCACAAGGACCUGGCAUGGGAGGUCCUCCGGGUGGUAUGAUGCCCCCUCGAGGAAUGAUGGGUCAAGGCUUCGAACCAGGUUUUGGGCCGCCUGGAGGUGGCUAUGGCAUGGGACCAGGAGGAGGUGGCUUUGGACCGCGAGGGCCAAUGUUUGGACCAUCAUUCCCUCCUAUGGGGCCUGGAUUACCUGGUGUACCAGCUCAUGUGAAUCCAGCCUUCUUUGGCAGGGGCAAUGCAAAUGGUUCAGGUAUGGGACCAGGUAUGGAAGGGCCUCCUGGGGGUUGGGGAGAAGUGGGCAUGCCAGGUUGGGAUGAACAUCAAAGACACAUGCGGGAUGGUGGUUAUGCUGGGGAAGAUAUGGGAGGUGCUGAGUUUGGCUAUGGGGGCGAGAUGGGAAGGGUUGGUCCAACGAGGGAAAGAGAGAGAGGCGCCGGUGAAGGGGAAUGGGGACCUGAAAGGAGGCGGAGGGAGGAGAGAAGUGGUGAGAGAGUGGAGGACUGGGAGAGGAGUGACAGGCAUCGGAUGGGUGAGAGGGAUGGAUAUCGCGACCAGCGUGGGGAUAGAAGCGAGCGUGAAAAGGAUAAAGAUUGGGACAGGGCAGACAGACCUUCUCGCGGUCCUCGAGAUAAAGAGGACGAGCGGGCCCGUUCUCGAGAAGACGAUCAUGGAAAGCGCCGUCGCAUGACCUCUGAUGGAGAUCGAAAAUCUGAGAGAUAGUGUAUUGCAGCUGUCUAGAUAGUGGAGUGAAAUGGGAGGUUGGAAGUUUGGAAGUCGUACCGACCUCUAGUGCUGAUAACUGAGAAUGAACGGUCGCAGAGUGCCAGUACUUGGGGUUGCCAAUCUCGCCACCCCCUACGAGAGACCCUUUGGAUAGGUCGUGAGUCUUGUUUAUUUAUUUAUUUAUGUUUAUUUUGUUUAUCAUCUAUUUCUUUAUUUUGUAUUUCUUUAUUUCGAUCUUUUGUGAGAAACCUGAGCAACUCUAUUCACGAUCA